AUGAGCAUUCUUCUCAGAAAAACCAAUAAGUAGACGAGUUCUCUCAAGUCCUUGAGAUCAACUCAAUAGAAAUAGAAGCUGCCCUAAGUUUCUAAGUACCGUUACACCAGCAAAAAGUUCCAUCCGCUGAAAACAGAACCAGAUUACAUAAAUGAUUGUGUUAAAUUCUUCACAAUAAGAACACUCCAAGGGAUAGACAACAACAUCGAUAAUAAUUAAGACUGCAUAUUCUAUUCUACUAAUUAUAAUGACAAUGAAGAUCAGUAUUUGUUCGGCAUUUGCGAUGGACACGGUCCUGAUGGCCAUCUCGUUUCCAAUUAUGUCGCACAUUAAUACAAAAGAAAAUUAAGAAUUUCAUUGUUUUUUGGAGAUCAUCAAUCCUAAAACAUUAAAUUGAUGAAUCAAUGCACUUUGGAUAUUGAAAAAGAAAUGCAGUUUAAUGAUGAGUUCAAUCUAAUGUUGAGUGGAACAACUUUAAUAGCAAUAUUCAUUAAUGGUGACAAAAUCAUAUGUUAAAAUAUUGGCAAUUCCAAAGCAGUUUUCUUUUCUAAAUCUCUAUAGUAAUGGUAACAUAAAGAGUUAUCCUAAGAUCAUAAAUUAUCUCACAAUUAAGAAUGUUUCAGAAUACUUAAAAGUGGAGGAUAAAUCAGAUAGUUGAGAAAUGAAUUUACUAAUAAAAAAUAAGGACCCUAUUACGUCUUUUUGUAGGAUCAAAAUAUACCGUAGUUGUAUACUACCAGAUCUUUGGGAGAUUCAAUAGGGAAGAAAAUAGGGAUAACAGCAGAAUCGGGGUUUCAGACAUUCUAAAUAAAAUAGGAAGGAUUUCUGAUUAUUGGGACUUGUGGUUUGUGGGAUGUGAUGAGUUAUUAGGAUAUCAUGGCUUAAUUGGAUCAGGUUAGACUGAUAACUCAAUAAAAACAAAUUGAAGAGUUGGCAAAUUCUAUAUUGAAUUAUUGUAAAAGGAAAUGGGAAACCUAUUAUAACAAUAAUGAAGUGGUUAAAAUUGAAGAUAUCUCCUUCAUUUUAAUUUAUUUAUCUUGA